AAUGCAGAUAAAGAAAUAUUGAAUUGCACCUACUACUACUACCAUGUAAUGUCGUAUCACUCAGUAUAUGAUUUUUUCCCUUGUCCCUUAUUUUUAACUGUUAUUAUAAACUUAUAAUGCUCGGCGCUUCAGUUAACCGAGUCCUAAUGCUCAAUGAACAUGAUCUAUUACUUUGUUAUCUGACGUUAUCGCGGACAAAUCCAUGUACUCGUCUGUAAUCAGAAUGGCAUUGCACAGGAAGAAGCAAAACCCAGGGUGCCUCAGGCAUGUGAACGUCGCAUUUUUUCCGAUUCAAGUGUAAUACAACGAUCGCUUGGAGUAAAAAAUAAUUUACGGAACUAACAGUGAUUCAUUUUAAGACGGUAAACCAAUCAAGUGUUUUCUAACAUGGAUUUUAUAACUUUGAUACCUCACCGUCGUAUAUAAAAGUGUUCGCGCACAACUAGCGUGUGAAAAUUUCAUAUCUCGCAUUCGUGCCGAAAUAUUAUUUUCCUUUUGAAACCAUUAUAGAUUGGUUUUCACGAAAGUAGUACAACAGUAAAUCUCCCCAAAUUCCAAACCAUGUUCGCCGAGAAAAGUACCAAAAUUUGGAUGGAUCUCUGUCUGAGUAUCACAGCCCACUUUCUGAUCUUGGCGCCUUCCAUCUACAUCGUCGUCCUCUAUGCACAGACCGACUACAGCCUCUUCGUCUGGCAUCCGACAUGUUUGACAGUUGGGUGCGCUCUGCUGAUGACUGAGGCCAUACUUGCAAUAUCGGGGGAGAAUUUACUCCUCUCGAAAAGUUCGAGGGUAAAUCGUAUCAGGGUUCACUCGCUGUUACACAUCCUGGGUAUGGUGCUCAUGACGGUUGGGUUCGGUGUCAUCAUAGCCAACAAGAUAAACAACAACAGUAAUCACUUUACAUCGGACCAUGGAAAGCUGGGUUUGACGGCGGUGAUCGUCGCCUACGUCGUCGCCCUGGGCGGAGUUUCCACGUCGUAUUCCGGGCUGCUGUCUCCGAGAGUGAGCCUUGCCAGCCUGAAACUUGUCCACGGCUGCUGCGGCAUCGUCGCGAUUAUCCUGCUCUUCGCCACCCUCUUUACCGGCCUCUAUAAGAGGUCGUUCCCCGGCAGUGACCUUGGCGUAAGCCUCACAAUCUCCUCAUACGUUGUCGGCCUAUUUAUCGUCCUGGUCAAGCCCCUCUACACGACGCUAGUUAGAAUUCGCGGGAUUUUCACAUAGUAGUGAAUCGUAGUUACGACUUACUCGAAUUCCUCCCUCUUUACCUACGCAAAUGAAGAAUACGUUUUUUUAAUCAACCAAACUAAUUAGGUCAGGGAUAUCAUUCGCGUUGGCUAAAAUUCGCCGCAUUUCUUGAAUUGUGGAAAUAGCACAUCGCAGUGGGAUCAAAAAAUACGAUUGAUGUAAGAUACGAUUUUUCGGAUCUAGACGAAACUUCCCAAACCCAUUAUACUUAUGUUUUCUUUAUUAUUUUCAUUCGAACCACCGGCAUUCCCCUUUAGUAAUACUGGUGAUGAAGAAUUGCAAGUUCAUUUAAAAUGCACUCCUUCUGAUGCAUGCAAAAGAUUAGUACUGCAAACAGUACUAAUAGUACUAUAAUUAGUACGCGUUAUAUUUUAAAAACCACAGUAGCGGGUAGAUUAUACACAAAGUAUACAUUAUACACAACAAUGCUGUAAAACAA